UGAAAAGGUGUCCUCCCCUAUUGGUCGAUCUCCAAUUGCUUUCAGUGCAUAUUUACAAGGCCGCCUUCGACGCAUGAUUCCUGAACUGGCACAAAAUCAUGCUAUGCAUUUUGCUCACUUUGUUUACCAAUCCACCGUCAAUGAUGACAAGUUCCCUCCAGUUUGGCCAGAAAUUGAAUACGAUCCAGCUAUUGACGACAAGCUCAAUGAAUCACUGUUGACCAUCAUGGAUGAAGCAAGUACCGAAUGGAACAAUAUACAUGAAUUGAUUACUACGGAAGAAGCGCGACGUCGAAGUGUACAAGCAUCUCGUGGCUCGUCUAUAGCUAGCUCAUCGACAGACCCACUCCCGGAGUCAAUGGACAUCCCGUCUCCAGCCUCAAGUGUAGGAAGUAUAGGUAUGACACAACUGGACCUUGAAACACCAAAUCCUGUACAUUCAGCGAAAUCUAUUACGACUGCAACAAUCUCCUCCUACCCAGAAUUUUUCUUACCUGUCAUGUUUGAUAUCUUACGCAAGAUGGAACAAUGGAAUCAAAUAGACUCUCAACUACCAGCCAUACCUCAGAAUGAAGCAAAACGCACGUGGACAUAUCAUUUUUUAUCUGGAUUGCCUGAAUGGACACGAUUAGACCAUCGCCGCCGCUCAUCGUUGACUCGCGCUAUUACAAAUAUUAUCAAUGAAGGUGUACGAUUUAUUCCAGAGAAAUUACCUGCUGGCUUCAGCGCUGAAUCUAUUAUGCAUAUACAAAACGCCAUUACUACAGCACAAACAGAGAUUCGCGAAGGAAGAUUUGCACCACCAGUAUAUCUGGCAAAGCAGCAAGCAAGACUAUUCACUAUCAUACCCAUUCCAAGACUCACACGCAAAUAUAUACACAUCGAUCAUCAAUCUCUUGGAACAAUACUAAAACAUUUUGGUCUAGGACGUUUGGCUAGUCCAUCUUCUACACCGAUCCCACCAAACCAGCCUCACCCGAAUUUUAAUAUGUUUGACUUACGGAAGCUUAAAAGGUAAGAAAAAGGAGAAGAAUGAUCUAGUACUAAUCUGGUUUUGUUUCAUUGAACUAGACAUGGAAUUUUCGAAAACAGUUUUACGACAGAU